AUGUAUGACCAAUUCUCUGUCUCAGAUGAACCAGGGAAAUAUCAACUCUUUCUUGCAGGACCUGCCACGGGGACCUUAGCAAAGAUCUGUCUGGGAUGUACUUCACCACCCCAGAGAGAUAAUGACGGGUGGAGUGGUGGUAACUGUGCUGAUACCAGUACCAUUAGAGGAGGCUGGUGGUUCACAGCCUGCAACCACUCCUUCCUUAACGGCCCCUGGCCCCCGAGGGACUGGUCCUACCCAUGGUCUCCUAAAGUAAUUAGUGGGAAACCAGUGAGGGGGACCACCAUGAUGAUCAGACGUCACUAG